UUUCAUGACGAAGUGGUUUUCGUGUCCGAGAAGACAGGAAGAUACAACACCGUGGAAAAGGCUCAACGUUUGGCCCUACAGAGGGAGAUAGACAAAGAGUCCCAGUCCACGGUUUCAGUCAGAUCACUGAUGGUCCAAGCUGACACAGGCAACAGGCACAUUACCAUGAAGAAGACGAACAAGAAGAGUGGGAAGGACACCCACGCUGAGGAUGAGAUCUCAGAAAACACUUCCAUAAACCAGGGGAAUAGCGAAAGAGUGAAGAAGAAAAAGAAGAUGAAAGUAGAGACUCUGGUAGAAGAAGAGCAGGUUUCAUCCAAUGGGGAAUGGGGGAAUACGGAAGGAGAGCAGGUUUCAUCCAAUGGGGAAUGGGGGAAUACGGAAGGAGAUCAGGUUUCAUCCAAUGGGGAAUGGGGGAAUACGGAAGGAGAGCAGGUGAAACAGAAAGGAAAGAAGAAGAAGAAGAAGAAGUUGUUGUCUGGGACUGACACCAACGGUGAGGAAGUCAUGACUAAUGGAAAUGACGGAGGAGGGUGCGGCCAGGAGAAGAAGAAGAAGCAGAAAGGUGUUAACACUGUUAAAACGGAGCUAGAGACAGAACACAGUGGAUUAAAGGAUGAGAAAGGAGUAGUGGAAAAUGGGCAGAAGCUGAAAAAAAAGAAGCUCUCUCAGGCAGAAGAGACCGAGAUCAGCGUUGUCAAGGUAGAGGAAGGAGGGGUGAUAGAAAUAAAGAAAGGCAAGAAAACGAAGGGAAAAACAGAGGAAGAAAAGAAAGUGAAAAAGAUCCCUAAAGCUGCUGAACCAACUGAGGAGAGUCAGGAGGAGGAAGAGGGGGAGAUGAAGAAGAAGGGUAAGAAGAGAGCAGUCACUGAGAAAGGAGAGAUGAAAGAGAAAGAGUGCGGAGAGGCAGAGAAAGAAGUGGUAGUAAAGAAGAAGAAGGGAGCUGAGGCUACAGCAGCAGUACAGGAGGAGGAACAGAAUGACACCAAAAAGAAGAAGAAUAAACCCAAGUCCUCCAGCAACGCUGCAGACAUCACCAUGGAGACGGAGAGAAAGGAGGAGGGCAAGAAGAAGAAGGGAGCUGAGGCUACAGCAGCAGGACAGGAGGAGGAACAGAAUAACACCAAAAAGAAGAAGAAUAAACCCAAGUCCUCCAGCAACGCUGCAGACAUCACCAUGGAGACGGAGAGAAAGGAGGAGGGCAAGAAGAAGAAGGGAGCUGAGGCUACAGCAGCAGGACAGGAGGAGGAACAGAAUGACACCAAAAAGAAGAAGAAUAAACCCAAGUCCUCCAGCAACGCUGCAGACAUCACCAUGGAGACGGAGAGAAAGGAGGAGGGCAAGAAGAAGAAGGGAGCUGAGGCUACAGCAGCAGGACAGGAGGAGGAACAGAAUAACACCAAAAAGAAGAAGAAUAAACCCAAGUCCUCCAGCAGCGCUGCAGACAUCACCAUGGAGACGGAGAGAAAGGAGGAGGGCAAGAAGAAGAAGGGAGCUGAGGCUACAGCAGCAGGACAGGAGGAGGAACAGAAUAACACCAAAAAGAAGAAGAAUAAACCCAAGUCCUCCAGCAGCGCUGCAGACAUCACCAUGGAGAUGGAGAGAAAGGAGGAGGGCAAGAAGAAGAAGAGAAAGGCCUCUGCACUAACAGAGGAGGAGGAGGAUGUGUUGGUGGUGGACAAGCGGAAGCCCAAACAUAUGAAAAGGGUGGAUAUGACAGGAGUAGUGGAACAGGUGGAGGACGGAGAGAGCGAGGGAAGGAAAAAGAAGGUGAAGAAGAGCUCUGAGGUAGAGACAGAAAUGGAGGACAGCACCCCUCACCAGAAAGGGAAGAAGGUUAUGACGAAGGGGAAAAAGAAGAUAAAGGUGGAGAGCUGCGACCCUGAAUACCAGGAGAGGGACCAGACGGAUGUGGUUUUCCUGUCAGAGACCAGGGGAAACGCCUUCGAGAUCAAUAUUGAUCAGGGGAGACGCCUGGCCCUGCAGAAUGAGAUCGACCAGAAGUCCAGUCCAGUCCAACUCAAAGCAGCACCGCUACCAUCGGGUUUGGGCCAGUGGGGCACUGCCCAGUUUGACAGUUCCGACCAACAUAGUAAGUUCCUGCGGUUGAUGGGCGGCUUAAAGAAGAGCGGGCAGCCAAUAGCAGCGGCGGUGCGACGGGAGGGCGGGCCAACAUGGCGCUGACUAAAGAUGGACAGCAGAGCUUGCAGCAAGGCCUACUGGGGGAGUUUGAGCGCGCUCAGUCGCGCCGCAUGGACUUCACGGGAAGGGGGGCGGGACUUGGGUUCUCGGCGCCGUCAAAUAAGAAGUUCUCAAUUGACAUCAACACAACCCGAUCGGUGCGCUUCGAUGACUGAGUCGGGACAGACCCUUGAGUGUGUGUGUCUAGCAUCCAAAAUGGAUUUGGGUGUGUGUGUGUGUGUGUACCUUUUCUCUUGCAGGGUCUUGGGGGUGUCUGUCUGUGAAUGUGGUGUGUAUGAAUGUAUAUACGGUACCACUCAGAAGUUUGGACACACCUACUCAUCACAGGGUUUUUCUUUAUUUUUACUACAUUGUAGAAUAACAGUGAAGUCAUCAAAACUAUGAAAUAACACAUGGAAUCAUGUAGUAACCCAAAAAGUGUUAAACAAAUCAAAAUAUAUUUUAUAUUUGAGAUUCUUCAAAGUAGCCACCCUUUGCCUUGAUGACAACUUUGCACACUCUUGGCAAAUAUAUUUUGAUUUGAUAUUUUGACUAUUUUUGGUUACUACAUGAUUCCAUAGUUUUGAUGUCUUCACUAUUAUUCUACAAUGUAGAAAACAGUCAAAAUAAAGAGAGAUCCUGGAAUGAGGUGUGUCCAAACUUUUGACUGGUAACAAAAAUAUAAAUGCAACAAUUUCAAUGAUUUUAACGAGUACAAUUAUAAAGAAAUCAGAAAUAAAUCCAUUAGGCCCUAAUCUAUAGAUUUCACAUGACUGGGCAGGGGUGCAGCCAUGGAUGGGCCUGUGAGGGCAUAGGCCCACCCACUGGGGAGCCAGGUCCAGCCAAUCAGAAAAGGCUUUUCCCCACAAAAAGGUUUUAUUACAGACAGAAAUGCUCAGUUUUAUCAGCUGUCCGGGUGGAUGGUCUCAGACGAUCCCGCAGGUGAAGGAGACUGAACGCCGAGGUCCUGGGCUGGCUUGGUUACACGAGGUCUGUGGUUGUGAGGCCGUUUGACAUUGGAGGCAGCUUAUGGUAGAGAAAUUAACAUUCAAAUCUUUGGCAACAGCUCUGGUGGACAUUCCAGCAGUCAGGAUACCAGUUGCACACGCCCUCAGAACUUCAUCUGUGGCAUUGUGUUGUGACAAACCCGCACGUUUUAGAGUGGCCUUUUGUACCCAGCACAAGGUGCACCUGUGUAAUGAUCAUGCUGUUUAAUCCGCUUCUUGAUAUGCCACACCUGUCAGGUGGAUGGAUUAUCUUGGCAAAGAAGAAACGCUCACUAACAUGGAUGUAAACGUAUGUGUGCACAAUGAAAGAAAUAACAUGUGUGUGUGUAUGGAACAUUUCUGGGAUCUUUUAUUUCAGCUCAUGAAACAUGGGACCAACACAUUUAUAUUUUUGUUCAGUGUAUAGGAGUACUGUGUGACAGAGCUGCACCGAGCCACCGGUGGUAUCAAUGAGAGCAGAGCUGUGUGUGUUUCUGCCUUCUGACUGGUCCAGUAUGUGAUGCUUCCUGGCUGUAUGAUAUGAGAAGGUUGUUAGCGUCCUGAAUUGCACCCUACAUAGUGCACUACUUUUGACCAGCGGGCCUAUGGGCCCUGUAGUGCACUACUUUUGACCAGC